CGAUACGAUGGAUGGAAUUUGAGAGGCGUUUUGUUGUCAACAGUCUGCAUCACUCGAUGAGCUGCUCUUGAGUGCGCAAGAUUAUGAUACCUUCACCAACGACGGGCGUCCUAGCGAUAAUACUCUUAUUCGUGAGCGAUUUCGCAGCGUCUAGCCACUCCCAUGGUCAGCAGGGACGGACAAUCGACGUCUGGCCGCCCUCCACCAAUGAAUGGCAGCUGCAAUGCGAUAUCGGGAGCGACAGCCAAAGGUUCGACUGCCAUCCUGAACAGAAUGCAUCUCCGGAGACCUGCUCCAGGAGAGGAUGCUGCUGGAAGCCAGCGUCUCAUCCCGGUCCUCACGUUCCCUGGUGCUUCUAUCCCUCAUCAUACACGGGAUAUAAAGUGACGGGGAUACACAGGACGCCCGAGAGGAUCAACAUUGAGCUUCUACGACAGACGCCAUCCGACAUUGACGUUGACGUCCAGUCCGUGUCCGUCAGCGUCGUUUUCUACGGGCCGGACGUUGCCAGAGUUAUGAUUUUGGACCCUUCCCACGAACGUUACACUCCCCCAGUGCCCUUCAUACCGGCUAAGACUUAUAAUGGGACUACCAAGUACCGCGUGGACGUCAACACUUAUGGUGCCCUCAGCGUUCACAGACUCGGCGGAGAAGAGACGCCCGUGUUCCAGACGAACCUGUCUCGGCUGGUGUUCACCGAUCAAUUUCUACAGGUUCCUCUGCUUCUUCCCUCCAACCGCAUCUACGGUCUGGGCGAACACUACGCUUCCCUCAUGAGACCCAUCAACUGGACGAGCUACUACUUCUUCAAUCGUGAUCGCGAACCUAUUCCAAACGCGAACCUGUACGGUAGCCACCCCUUGUACAUCUGCCUUGAGGACGGAGGAACAGCUCAUGGCGUCUUCUUGCACAACAGUAAUGCUAUGGAGGUGCUGCUGCAGCCAACACCAGCGGCAACCUUCCGGGUACUGGGCGGAAUCCUGGACUUCUUCAUUUUCCUGGGCCCUUCACCUGCAGCUGUUGUGCGGCAAUACCAGAACAUCGUUGGCCGACCGGCCAUGCCUCCUUACUGGGGCCUCGGUUUCCAUUUGUGUCGAUUUGGAUAUGGAUCCUUGAAUCGCACGAAGGAAGUUCUUCGUAACAACGUAAAUGCGGGCGUACCGGUGGACGUGCAGUGGAAUGAUAUAGAUUAUAUGGACCACAGGAAUGAUUUCACCUACGACCCGGACAGGUUCGCUGGCCUUCCUCAGUUUGUGAACGAGCUACAUUCGGAAGGACGACAUUACGUCGUGAUAACCGACCCCGCUGUGAGCGGAUCGGAGCCGCCAGGCAGCUAUCCGCCAUUCGAUGAAGGAGUAGCUAUGGACAUUUUCGUCAAGAAUACAACAGGAGGAAUCGUCUACGCUAAGGUGUGGAAUGCAGUGAGCAGCGUGUUCCCGGACUUUUCGCAUCCCAAAGCAGGGGCCUAUUGGAUGAAACAGUUGAGAAGGUUCAGCUCCCAAGUAGACGUCGAUGGUAUAUGGUUGGACAUGAAUGAACCCUCCAAUUUCUACAAUGGUCAUAAGGACGGUUGCCCUCCUGACUCGAAGCUCGAGAGACCACCCUAUGUCCCCAGUAACGAACCAUUGUGCUCCAAGACUCUAUGCAUGUCGGACAGGCACUACGUCUCAGAGCAUUACAACGUUCACAAUAUCUACGGGUUUCUGGAGGUGUUGGCCACGUACAAGGCUCUGAAGAAAAUUCGGCAGAAGCGACCUUUCAUCAUAUCGAGGGCAACAUCUCCAGGUCAGGGUUCCUGGUCGGGUCACUGGACAGGGGACGUCGCUUCCACGUGGGAAGAUAUGCGGGCUUCCAUCCCAGCCAUUCUGAGUUUCGGCAUGUACGGAAUUCCACUGGUGGGUGCUGACAUCUGCGGGUUCAACGGCAACACUACCGUUGAACUGUGUGCCCGGUGGCAGGCACUAGGCGCCUACUAUCCUUUCUCGAGAAACCACAACACGGACGACGCCAUAGAUCAAGACCCAUACAGCUUGGGACCCAUAGUGCUGACAGCGGCGAUAGCAAAUCUCAAGCUACGAUACGUGGCGCUGCCCUAUCUGUACACCCUGUUUUACCGCAGCCAUGUCUUCGGAGACACCGUUGCAAGGGCUAUGUUCAUGGAGUUCCCCGAGGACAGCACCACAUACGCGAUGGACACACAAUUCAUGUGGGGUUCUGGGCUCCUGAUUGCCCCUGCACUUUACCCGAACCAAACAACAGUCCGCGCCUAUUUACCUGCCGGUGUGUGGUACCAACUAGGGGCAGGCCAGAUAGUUUGCCCAACGGGACAGUACGUGGACUUCCCCGCCACUCUAAACAGCCCGCCAGUGUGGAUCCCGCGUGGCGGCGUCAUCGUGCCUAUGCAGCAGGCCCUCCCAACGACGACGCAAAGUCGACUUACUCCUCUCUCUCUUAUGGUCCCCAUUGACGAGAGAGGCAACGCUAAGGGAGAGCUCUUCAUCGACGACGGCGACUCACUAAAUACUAUUGAAGAUGGACGGUAUCUACUCUACGAGUUCAACCUGGUGAAGGAUGUUAUAACAGUGACCUGCACACACCGAGGUUACCCCAGCUACCCCUCCUUGUUCCAGCUGCUUGUACUUGGCGUUCCGAAUGAACCUCACAACGUUACUGUUGCGGGCAAGAGUCGGAAAUUCAAGUACAAUACCAACGGCUUCCUGAGCAUAACAGUAGAGCCUCCCCAAGAAAUGAAUGAAGACUUCACAAUCACCUGGUCAUGAAACCUCGUUGGGUUACUUGGUUCCGCUUGCAAGCGCACAGAAGACGUUCUUGUUCACUGAAUAAACUGUAGAUUAGCAGUA